ACAGAGACACGGCGAGGAAGCCGCGAGGACAGACGAAGAUGAUGAGGAUGCGCGAGAGAAAAGCAGAUGAGAGCUAAUGAUGAUGCAGCUAUCGAGCGAGGAGUGUUCAUAGAGAAGGAAGAACAAUAAAUAAAGCUCUGCGGGUUGGAGGACGGUGACAGUGAUGAUGAUGAGGAUGAGGAUGAUGGUGGUGAUGUGAGGACGAAGAAGGAUGCUCGGACGAUCAGAGCGCUUUUUCGGCUCAGUGUUGAUCAUCGUGCGGGUAAAUCUCGGGUAUCACCGAGAGUUUAACGAAGCGCUAUUCUGAGGAGGUGGGCCAAGUCCCGAGAGAGAGAGAGAGAGAGAGAGAGAGAGAGAGAGAGAGAGAGAGAGAGAGAGAGAGAGAGAGAGAGAGGGGACCCUCGGACUGGCUGAUCCCACUGACUGGGAUGUUGUUGCUGCUGUUGUCAGUGAUGUGAAGCGACAUUAAGGAGCUGAUGAAAGGACUCCUGCUUGCGCGUGGACACACAUUUCUACAUUUUUGCAGAUACACAUAUUGCAGCACUGUGUGGUAGAGACCAGUUGAAGUUGGCUUCCUGCCUGUUGAGAUGUGCCAAUAGGAAACUCUUUGAGCGGGGGUUCAUGCUGAUGAAAUUGAUCUGCUCAGUGAGCUCCAACCAGAGCCAUGGGGAGUACCCAGACUGCCGGAGUGAGAGGGAGUCGGGAGGGGAGGCGUCUCUCCUGGUGUCUCCGCUGGUGGUGGCAGGGAUCGUUAUAGGUCUGGUCCUCUUCCUCUCCUGCAUCACCAUCAUCGUCGGCAGCCUGCGCAAAGACAGCCGACUCCGAAACCCUCACCUCCGAGCGAGCUACGGUCUGGAUGGGUUCUCCUACGGAGGGUCAGCAGGAGAGCUGAGAUCGACCUGCUUAGAAGACUUUCCUCCUGGUUUAGACUUUGAUUCGUACAGAGAGACUCUGUCACAGGUCAACAACCUGUACCCCGACUCACCGCCCCGUUACGAUGAGUGUGUGGGCCCAGGUACGACUCAGAUCUACAUGCCUACAGAUGACCCGCCUCCUUACUCCCUCCUGGACCCGUGUCAGAGAGGGGCCGAGCAGGAGGAGCAGCCCCACUACACCGGUCUGGAUCCAUCUACAUACAGCGGCGGGACCUCGGCCAGUGCUGCCUGGUUCUCCCCCUCACACGACCCGCUGGGACUGCCGGAGCAUCAACACAUCGCAUCCAUCUCCUUCCCGCUGGAGGCGGCGCCGCCUUAUGAGUCAGUGUUGGCCGAGCAGGGCCAGCCCCUCCCUCUUAUGCCAUGUGACCUUUAUAAACACCAAUCAGAGAGGGGGGAUGACGGCCACUCCCGGCAGCCAGGGGCGAACCAAAUCUUGUCGGACUUUAAUUGAUUUAUUUCUUCCACCUGCGCUGUUGGGUGUCCCCGGUUGAAUUAAACAGACACCUGUGAUGUGGGGCACACAAUGGCUGUUAGGAGCAGCUGUGACACAACUGAUGAGGUGCGCACAUCUUCCUCACAGCUGCCAACACCUAACAAGGAUGAGAAUUGAGAGGACAGAAGUGAAGCUGGGGACUCAAAUAUUUAACUUCCGUUUGAUUCUGGACAAAAUAAGAAA